AGACUGUCGACACACAAUUACAAAAGGGAAGGAGAGGAGAGGAGGGAAAGAAAAAAGGCAGAAAGCGAGCCACACGAUAAGCGCUGUUUCUCUUUCUAAACGGAGUUGUCCCGGAGAGGAGUACUUCAAAGCUCCGCAUGCCGGAGGGUCGCGUGUUUCCAGUGUGGCGGGGGAUCGGGGCCAGUGGUGGCAUUGCAGGCGGGUGGAGCGAGGGCUGGGGACGCAGCUUGCGAUGGGAGCCGGACAUUCUGGGACAGAGGGUCCGGAUCCCGGUGUUUGACUACCCCGUCUGGGUUGUCCUCUGUCGUGGUGGACAAGCGAGGCUGAGGGAAGUUUGUGAGAGAGGGAGGGGGGCCAUCAGACUGCCCGCAGACAUGCUGAGCAUCAAGCUCCCCGAGCUCUUUCACAUCCACCAGAUCCCCAAGGUGUUCAGAGAGGACAGCAUCAUCUCUGGAUACCGUCACCCGCGGAGCUCAGCGCUGGACUGCGUCCUCAGCAGCUUCCAGAUGAACAACGAGACCGUCAACAUCUGGACCCACUUUCUGCCAACAUGGUACUUUCUGUGGCGUUUCUUCGUCCUCUGCUCCACCCUGAACUUCCUGACCGACAGCUACACCUGGCCCCUGCUGGUGUACAUGCUGCUCAUCUGCAUCUACCCCUUCACCUCCAGCUGUGCUCACACCUUCAGCACCAUGUCCCCCGAGUCCCGACACAUCUGCUACUUCUUCGACUACGGAGCGCUCAGCCUCUACAGUCUGGGUUGUGCCAUAAGCUAUGGAUACUACGUCGUACCAGACAGCUGGGUGAACAGCUGGCUCCAUCAGCAUUUUGUCCCCAUCGCCGUGGGAAACACGCUUUUCUGCACCAGUCUGUCCUGUUACUCCAGGUUCCUGGAGCUGCAGUUUCCUCAGAGAAGUAAAGUUCUGAGGACUGGAGCGUUUGUCGUUCCUUUUAUAUUCGACACUGUUCCUCUCUUCUGCAGGAUCCUCCUGUGCUGCGGGGGAAGCUGCAGCCCGAGCGACGCCUUAUCCAGUCACUGCUACCACCUGCUCUUCGCCUUCCUCACCUGUUUCCUGUUUACAGCCCACCUCCCGGAGAGGUUGGCCCCGGGGCGCUUCGACUACUUUGGCCACAGCCAUCAGCUCUUCCAUGUCAGCGCUGGUGGGCACCACUUCCAGAUGGAGGGCGUGAUAGCAGACAUGAUGUCGCGGAGGGCGUUGCUUGUAGCGCAUGGAGCCACGCCCUCCUUCCUGGGCACCAUCGGAGCGCUGGUAGUCAGCCUCGUGUUGAACCUGGGCAUCAUCGCUUUUCAGCGCCCGCUGCUCUGGAAACCCUGCCACUCUAACUCCAACCAGCCGCACACAUCGACGAUGACGACGUGUGACCGCAAGGAGCAGUGACAGCGCGUUUUUUUUUUUUGUCCUCCAAUAUGGCUGCUUC